AUGAGGCCCCUGGCCCUGCGGGAGCGGGCGUCCUUAAGGGCCUUGGGCUUGGGAGCCUCUGCACCCCCUGAGUCCCCUGGGAGGCCCUGGGAAGAACAGCCAGCAGUAAGGAAUCCCGGAAGCCCUUCUGAGGGAGACCUCUCCAGGGACCCCACCCCCAGGAAGAGAUCACCGCAAACGCAGGUGCAGCAGCCCCUCAUGGAGCUCCCGGGCACGCCGCCCCUGCAAGAGGUCCCCGGGGAAGAGUCCCUGCCUGAGGACUCAGGCCUGCAGGUGACGCCCAGCACGCACAUUCUCUACGUGGGCCACCUGAACCCCCAGUUCUCAGUGCCUGUGCUCACCUGCCUGCUGCGAGACGCCCUGGAACGGCUGGGGCUGCCGGUGGCACGGGAGCACAUCGAGGUGGUGAGGCGACCACGGAAGGCCUACGCACUGGUGCAGAUGACCACCCACAGGGACAGCCUGGCCUCCCUCCCCUGGCGCCUGCAGACGGCCGUGGAGGAGCACCAGAUCCUCAAGGAGCUGGUGGCCCGCGGGAAGGCGCUGGUGUUGGGUGACGGCCGAGGGCCCUCGCGCGCCAGAGAGGAGGUCCCGGGCCAGGAGCGCCUCUUCCAGGGCGCCUUCCUGGGCAGCGAGACGCGCAGCGUGGAGUUCAAGCGCGGCGGCGGCGAGUACCUGAGCCUGGCCUUCAAGCACCACCUGCGGCGCUACGCGUGCGCCUUCCUCAACGGCGAGGGCGGCAGCCUGUUUGUGGGCGUCGAGGACAGCGGCCUGGUGCGGGGCGUCCCCUGCAGCCACCGCGACGAGGACCGCGUGCGCCUGCUGGUGGACUCCAUCCUGCAGGGUUUCCAGCCCCAGGUCUUCCCCGACGCCUACACACUCUCUUUCAUCCCCGUGGUCAGCACCAUCGCCUCCCCCACCCCCCUCAAGGUGAUCCGCCUGAGCGUGCGUGCCCCCAGGGCCCAGGCCGAGCCGCAGCUCUAUGAGACUGACCAGGGGGAGGUGUUCUUGCGGCGGGACGGGAGCAUCCAGGGCCCGCUGUCUGUCCACGCCAUCCAGGAGUGGUGCAAGCAGAAGUGGGUGGCGGAGUUGCGCACGCUGCAGGAGAGGGUGAAGGUGCUGACGGCGGAGAAGGAGCAGCUCCGGCAGCAGCUCAAGCAGCGAGGACCCGGCUCCCGCACCUGCUGCGUCCUGUGA